AUGUCUGCUGAUCCUACUGUGACCGCAGCUCUUGAUCUGGAGGACGAGCAAUACGAGUCUGCCGAGGAUGAAGACUUCCAGCUCGAUACGGUGCAGGACGACUCGGAACUAUCCUCCGACGAGGAAGAAUCCAGCGAACCCGCCAAGAAGAAACGCAAGACUGAUAAGUCCGAUGAGGCUAUUGAUGCAGAAUUAGAUUCUGGCGACGAAGUCACGAUACAAAAGGCACGAGAAGGGCGAACUCAGUCGAAGAAAAAGAAGACCAAAGGCGAUGAACAAGCGAUCGGUGAGGAUGUGGAUUUUGAUGAGGACGAGGAAACGGGGACGGGGGGGUUUGUGCGGACACGCGCGAUGAAAAAGCACAUCCAGGAAGAAGAGCGAAAACCGCUUGCUCGAAUCGAUGGCGCAACAGUAGAUGUUGAUGCCCUCUGGGCGCAAAUGAAUUCCUUGCAGAACCCAGUCAGCCUCAGCGAACCCCAGAUAAUCGAGAAAGAGGAGAUAGCACCAGCAGCAUCCGGUCCAGAGCCCCUCUCUAGUAGGACACCCCAUGUCGCUCCUCAACUGAAUGGCGAUAGUUCUCAACGCAAACACACAGAGCAAAUGGUCAGAAUCAAGAGAACCUAUAAGUUCGCGGGCGAAGUGAUCACCGAAGAAAAGCUUGUACUCAAAGACUCGGCCGAGGCCAAAGCGUUUCUGUCCGGUGGAGAGAAUGUGGAAUUCACAGAAGUGGUCGAGGGCGACGAGACAAAGAACCUUCACAAUCUACGUCGACCUCUCCGGAAAAUUUCGAGAUUCGAUCCCAACCCGUCUAAUAUGAUCAAGAAGAGCUGGGAGAAACAAGCCCUCACUGACAGUGCGGCAGAUGCCACUGGCCCUAAGAUCAACACCGUGGAGAAAUCUCGGCUGGAUUGGGCGCAGUAUGUGGACAAGGCGGGCAUCAAGGACGAACUUCGCACACACAGCAAGGCAAAGGAAGGCUAUAUUGGCCGGAUGGACUUUUUGGGACGAGUGGAAUCUAAGAGAGAUGAAGAGGCUCGCCAAGCUCGGCUUCGGGGGGUUUGA